GCAGAACGACCUCCGACCCACCACCGACCACAUCACCGUACGGCUACGCCCCCCAAUUCCUCCUACACGCAUUUUUCGAGCCCGGCUCAGGCUAAUUGAGACACAAGAUGUCCUUCGUUCGCGCAUCCUCGAAGAUCAGCCGUGCGGCCGUUCGUGCCCCGGUCUACCGCCCGACCCCCGUCGCCUGGAACGCCCAGCGCGCCUUCUCCCAGUCCGCCGUCAGGUGCAGCGACGCGCACGCUGAGGAGACGUUCGAGGAGUUCACCGCCAGGUACGAGAAGGAGUUUGAGAAGGUCAACGAUGUUUUCGAGCUUCAGCGAAACCUGAACAACUGCUUCGCCUACGAUCUCGUCCCCUCGCCCUCCGUCAUCACCGCCGCUCUCCGCGCUGCCAGGCGUGUCAACGACUUCCCCUCGGCCGUCCGAGUUUUCGAGGGUGUCAAGUUCAAGGUUGAGAACAAGAACCAGUACGAAGAGUACCUCCAGGAGCUCGAGCCUAUCCGCGAGGAACUCGGCAUCCCCCUCAAGGAGGCCAUGUACCCCGAUGAGAAGUAGAGAGUCACACUCCCAUGUCCGCAAUACCUGAACUCUCCCGCCGACCCAAUAUCUCAACGAGCCUGCAAGCGCCCUCAUGUAAAUGCCAAUAUGAUCGAUUUCCU